AUGUUGUUGCGAAAUUUGAAACCGCCUAAACUGUGCAAUUGGACCAGGCUUAAAGACAAAGCUUUAGAUCGCAAUAUAGUAGAAGCCACAAUUUUAACAGGAUGUGCAAAAGGGGAAACUGUGUUUGUACCACGAUUCUCUUUAACUCCGAAUGAUCAUCCGUUCGAAUUUAAACUAUUACAGUUUCCCCUGAAAGUCUGUUUUACAAUGACUAUAAAAAAGUCUCAAGGCCAAACUCUUAAAUUUGCAGGAAUAGAUUUGCGAGAAAAAUGUUUUUUACAUGGGCAAUUCUACGUAGCUUGCUCACGC